AUGACCAUAGUUCAUGUCAUCACUGCCUCACAUAAAACUGUGAAUGGCCCCUCUGGAAAGCUGUGGCAUGAUGGCCAUGGGGCUGCCCAGAAUAUCAUUCAUACAUCUGUUGGUGCUACCAAAGCUGUGGACAAGGUAAUCCCAGAGCUGACAAGGAAGACAACUGGCAUACCCUUUCAUGCUCCUAACACCAAUGCGUCUGUUGUGGAUCUGACAUGCCACCUGGAGAAAAUUUCUGAGUAUGAUGGCAUAAAGAAAGCACUGAACCAGGCAUCUGAAGUCCCAGUGAAGGACAUCCUGGCCUACACUGAGGACCAGGUUGUCUCCUAUGACUUUAACAGUGACAUCCACUUAUCUAUCUAG